GUGGAACAUAAGUUUAAAUUUCCGACCGUGGGACGCCGUUUGCAUUCGCGUCUCGCAUUCCAACCUCAGUCACCGCGACCAGGACCUGCGCAGGAUCUGGCCCUAUCAGCGAUGGUGAAGUCAAGACCAUGCACGAUUGUCAUCAAGCUGGGGUCGUCCUCUAUCGUCCAUGAGAAGACUCAUCAGCCUCUUCUGUCGACCUUGUCGGCUCUCGUGGAAACCGUAGUGCACCUUCGUGCUGCUGGGCAUAAGGUGGUGCUGGUCAGCUCGGGUGCCAUCGCUGUUGGACUCAAGAGGAUGGACAUGCCGAGCAGACCGAAGAGCCUAGCAGGGAAGCAGGCUCUCGCUGCGGUUGGUCAAGGACGCCUCAUUGCGCUUUGGGACAACCUAUUUGGCCAAUUUGAACAGCCCAUAGCGCAAGUCUUGUUGACGAGAGGCGAUAUCGCUGAUCGAACUCGAUAUCUAAACGCAGCCAACACCUUCACAGAACUUCUGUCCAUGGGUGUCGUCCCGAUAGUCAACGAGAACGACACGGUUUCUGUCAGCGAAAUCAAAUUUGGCGACAAUGACACUCUGUCGGCCAUAACAUCCGCAAUGAUCCAUGCCGAUUACCUCUUCCUCCUCACCGACGUCGACGGAUUAUACACCUCCAAUCCGCGAAGGGACCCAAACGCGCGCCAGAUAGAGGUCGUGGAGUCCAUCAGCGCGAUCCGCAAACAAGUGAGCACAUCGACGCUUGGAUCGAGCCUUGGCACAGGCGGCAUGGAGACCAAAAUCAUCGCAGCUGAAAUCGCGACGGCAGCAGGCGUCGCAACAGUCAUCACCUCCUCAAAACGCCCCCACGCGAUCUUCGACAUCAUCGAAUACAACCACUCGCUAGCCCCUUUCUCCCCGACUGCCCCGUUUCCAUCUACCCCGUCUUCGCUCAGCGCUGGCUCUGGUUCAGAAGCGAGUGAGCUUCCAACCCCAACUCCAAAAACCGUUAACCUGCCGCAUCCCGACUCUGCGCCGGCAUCCGGCACUGUCACCCCUGCCCGCCCCCCUCACACGCUAUUCACGCCUUCUCCUGCCCCACUCCGGGACCUCAAAUCGUGGACGUCGCACACGCUCUACCCGUCGGGCAGCGUCAUCAUCGACGCCGGCGCACACGCCGUGCUGUCGCGAAGAGAAUCCGGCGGGCGCUUGCUGCCCGUAGGCGUCGUAGGCGUCGAGGGGGCUUUUGCGGCUGGACAGGCGGUGAGGAUCGUAGUAAGGAGACAGGAAGGAGAACACGAGGGAGCCAACCUCACGGUUUCGUCGACAACAAGAAGGUCGACGGUGGACAGCGUCAGUGAGCCCCCGACGCCCGUCAUCCAAGCGGCGGCAUCUAUGAGCUCUUCGAUCGUUUCCUUGGAGCCUUUGUCGUCAUCUCUAGAGUCGCUUGCCAACAUACCGUCUUCCAACACCCUCAAGACGGUGGUCGAGAGCACCACCACCACAUUCACGCAGGGAGAAGGAAGCGUAGUAACCGAAGAACCUGAUGAGCAAGACUGGCAAUAUCUCGAAGUCGGUCGAGGCCUCGCCAAUUACAACUCGGAGCAGAUAUCGAGAGUCAAGGGUCUCAAGAGCUCCUACAUCCCGCAACUUCUAGGGUAUGCAGAUUCAGAGUACGUCGUCGAAAACAUAACCAUUCGUGUUCCGCCCUAGAGAGGUCUAGGGGCGAAUCUUGGUUGCGUCAGAGUACUUGCCUGUUUUCCUCGCUUUCGUGCAAUAUAUCAGAAGGAUCGA